UCAUCAUUUAAAUUUCAACCCCUUAAAAAUUUGGCUGUGAUUUUCGCACACUUUUUCGCAGCGAGCUUAAAAAUUGGUUUACGUUCAUUUCCCCCCUCAAAUUUUGCCAAGAUUUUCAGUUUUGAAUUUUUUCUCCCAACUCUUGCCGCUGCUUCUGUUUCCCUAGUCAUCGACUUCCGAUCUUCACGAUUGUUCAGAUUGAAGCUUUCGUUAGAAAUGGCUGGUCAAUCAGAUCCUCACCUGACCCUAUUUUCUGCAGAAGAGAUCGAGUUUGUAGCUGAAGAUGAAAUGGUGGAGAUUGUUCCUAAUAUGAGAAUGGAUUCUCUAAAUUUGAUUUGUGGGGAUUAUGGUCCGUUCUAUCCCCAAAUCGCCACUGAAGUUCCAUUGUGGCUAGCGAUUGCUCUGAAAAAAAGAGGGAAAUGUGCAAUUAGGCCUCCAGAGUGGAUGUCGGUUGAAAAGUUGACACAAACGUUGGAGGCAGAACGAGAGUCUCAAGGAUCUUUCCAGAUACUACCCUUCCAUUAUGUCGAAAUGUCGAAACUUCUUUUUGACCACGCACGAGACGACGUUCCUGACAUGUAUUUGGUAAGGUCUCUUAUUGAAGAUAUCAGGGAUGUUAGGUUUCACAAAGUUGAAACCAGUUUGGAGUCGAUUGAUACACGCACAUCUGCAGUGAAGAUUAAAGAUCUAUCUGCCAUGGAAGUGAAUAUAGUUCGACCGUUUGUCGGUAGAGCGUUGCAGGCAAUUUACAAGCACGGAAAUCCAGAGUUGGUCCCAGAUCAAGAAAGAAUGACCAAUGUGCAGUCACAAGGACAUGAUCAUGGGCAAAGGAGACCUCUUCGGAGACGGUAGAAUCCGCGUCAAUUAUGAUAAGUACAUUCUUAUUUAUAUGAGCAGCUCUAAAUGAAGCUAGCAUAGAUUCUUCUUCAAAACCAAUUUAUGUGUUCACUUAUAUUUCUUACUCUAGCUAAACUCUCUCUAGAUCAUCCCUUUAUUACUAGAACGUAUGAUGCUCAUUGUAGAUUUGUUAGCAUAAUAGGCUAACUGGAUGUAUAUGGAUCCAUGUAGUGAUGUUUGUUUACAUUAGAUGAAAGGUCAAUGAUCCAAGUUGUUUUUAA